AUGCAGCUGAUCGCUUCCAUCAUCUUUUUCUGCAUGGUGCAUUCCGUAUCAAGUGAUUGCCGUGCCGUUGACUUUGGAAUCGAAAAGCUCGGACAGGUUCCGGAAGGUGUGCGAGAUGCGCUUGAAUCAUACCUCAAUAAGACGGGGUAUGCAGUGGGUCCUGAAGAUAGCGUAACACGUUAUCUGUUGUUUAGCGGCGACGACAAUUCAGGAACACGUGCUGAUAUUUAUGUCACCUUCGUUCAAAAAAAUAACACUAAUCACAUCUAUCUCGAAAUGAAACCAAACGGUAACGAUGGUUAUGACGUCUCUACAAUAGUAGAGGAGAUUUUAGGGACAAAUAUGAAGAAUGCAGUCAUUUGA